ACUACCUCCACCCGCAAACACAAUUUCCGUUGGUAUAUUGCCUAGAUAUUAAUGUCAUAUAGUGAAUCACAUUCAAGUUAGCCUUGCAGAUUUUAUACAGCUAUAUUCGUAUCCCAAUAAGGAAUUCCAUUUAUUACAUGAUCUUCUAUGUGAUAUUAUUUAAGUUGCCUUAUAUGUUUACCUUUCUUGUAGUUAUUACCUAAUUAAAUUCUUAAUUCAUUUAAAGUAAAAAAAAAAAGUAAAAAAAACCAGAUUUUCCCUUUUUCACUCGCCCUCUCUCGAAUAUGGUUAACUUCAGUUUCACUAAUUAAGACAAGGAUUUUUUUUUUUUUUGUGAUUUUCUUUUCAUUGGAUUUGAGUAUACUAUUUCUUCACAUAGAAAUAUAUGUAUAUAUGAAUGGUGGUCUAUUGAAAUAAAACAUGUGUUAAUUUGAGUUUGAGGGAACAAUAUAUAAAAAAGAUAUACAAGCAAUGGAGAAGUUACUAUUAGCAAGAAAAAGUUGCCACAGUAUUCCAAACCUCUGGUUUGUCUUUCUCACUUUAUCUUUCUUUUGGUUUAUAUACUUUAUUUUCCCUUUCUUUUUUGUUGGUUUCUCCACAUUUUCGAGUUCGGGAAAUCAUAUUUCUGGGUUCACCUUCUUCUUUUUUAACUUUGCUAAGAGUGACACUAAUAAUAUUACAACCACUUCCCAAAAUCCAAAUACAAGUUUUGAUACAAGCACUGAAAAUUUCACUAAAACCCAAGCCAAUAAUUGCUCUGCCUAUUCAGUAUCCUUACACUCUACACAAGAAAAUGUCACUAGCAGAAAGAAUGAGCCAAUUCACAAAAUACUCAGUUCAAAAAAUAUGACGAAAGUAGAGACUUUACCUCCUGUUGGGGUUAACAUCACCACAAAUGUCACCAAAUUUCAUGAUGAUCAUGAUCAUAAUAAUCAAAGGGAUUCUUGCUCUGGUCGAUACGUUUAUGUCCAUAAUCUACCAUCCAAAUUCAAUGAAGAGCUUCUCAAGAAUUGUAAUUCUCUCUCAGAUUGGUUCGAUUUCUGUCCAUACUUAACCAACAUGGGAUUUGGUCCAAGAGUAACAGAGAAGAAAGCUAAAAGGAAAAGAGUUUUAUCGAAACAAGGAUGGUUCAACACAAACCAAUUCUCUUUAGAAGUGAUAUUUCACAACAAAAUGAAGCAUUACAAGUGCUUGACCUAUGACUCAUCUUUGGCCUCGGCAAUCUUUGUCCCAUUCUAUGCUGGACUUGAUCUCGGACGCUUCCUUUGGGACUCCAACACAGCAAUGAGAGAUUCUUUAUCUAAAAGCCUAGUCAAUUGGCUUAGACAAAGGCCAGAGUGGGAGAACAUGUGGGGGAGAGACCAUUUCUUUGUUGGUGGGAGAGUUUCUUGGGACUUUAGAAGACAAACUGAUGAAAAAUCUGACUGGGGUUCUAAGCUUAUGGUCUUACCAGAAUCGAAGAACAUGACUCUGUUAACAAUCGAAUCGAGCUUUUCUAACAAUGAUGUUGCAAUACCAUACCCCACUUACUUCCAUCCUUCAAAGAGCAAUCAAGUGUUUGAUUGGCAGAAAAGAAUGAGAGCGACCACAAGGCCUUAUCUUUUCUCUUUUGUUGGUGCUCCAAGGCCGAAUAUGGAUGACUCGAUUCGGGGUGAGAUCAUCAAGCAAUGCCAGUCUUCAGGGAAAUUAUGCAAGCUUCUAAGCUGUUAUAAUAAGGCUCCAACUAGUACUAAUUUGUGUGAUGAGCCUUUGAAUGUGAUGAAAGUGUUUGAAAGUUCAAUUUUCUGUUUGCAGCCUUCAGGAGAUUCUUACACUAGAAGAUCGACUUUUGAUUCGAUUCUAGCAGGCUGUAUUCCUGUUUUCUUCAAUCCAAAUUCGGCUUACAAGCAGUAUUUGUUGCAUUUUCCCGGGAACCAAACAAGAUAUUCUGUGAUGAUACCAGAAAGUGAUGUGAAGCAGAGAAGAGUUAGCAUAGCUGAAACAUUGCAGAGAGUUCCACAAAGUCAAGUGUUUGCAAUGAGAGAGGAUGUUAUAAAGUUGAUACCAAGAAUUAUAUAUGCAAAUCCCAAGUCAAGCUUAGAGAGAUUUGAAGAUGCAUUUGAUAUUGCUGUGAAGGGUGUUCUUGAACGAGUGGAGAAAGUGAGGAAGAAAUUGAAGGAAAGUAAGGAUUCUAGUAUUGGUUUGUCAGAGUUAGGUAGUUAAUUUGAUUUUUACUCGGAAGCUAGACAGAAGAAAAGAUACCUCCAUUCAUUGAUUUUCAUUUGGCUGUAACUAUUUUUUCUUCCUUUUUUGCCUGAUAUUAAAUUGUGUACUUUUCUUGUUGGAGGCUGUUAGUUUUUCGGGAUAAAAGUUGCUCUAUCUGUGUUUUUUUUUUUGUCUAAAUUUCCAAAAAAUCUUUGCAUUUUCUUUGGGCUACACAAUGAGUUUUUUGAGUUUAUCUCUCCUUCAUUUGCUU